CCCUGAUUGGCUGAGCCUCGCCGGCGCAGGGCCGCAAUUGGAUCGGCGUGGCAAACCGGCGCUGGGCUGCGCUGGUGAUGGAGGGAGCGCUGCUGAAAUGGACCAACUAUCUUUCAGGUUGGCAGCCACGAUAUUUUGUGUUAGAAAAUGGCAUCCUCUCCUAUUACGACUCUCAGGAUGAUGUGGGCAAAGGCAGCAAAGGCAGCAUCAAGAUGGCUGUAUGUGAAAUCAAAGUGCAUGCAACUGAUUCCACUCGUAUGGAGUUGGUCAUCCCAGGUGAGCAGUACUUCUACCUGAAGGCAGGAGGUGCUGCUGAAAGACAGAAAUGGCUGGUGGCUUUGGGCAGCUCCAAGGCCUGCCUUGGGGAUAGCAGAAGCCAGAAAGAAAAAGAUCUGGACAUAAGCAACGAGUCCCUUGGGAGAAAACUAUCUGAACUGCGUCUGUAUUGUGAUGUGCUGACACAGCAAGUGCUAGCUGUGCAGGAUGCAACACAACCUCAAGAGAACGGUUCUCCUUUGGACAUCCAGCAGAAGAUGAAUGAAGCUUCAUCCUUAUUGCGGGCAACCUGCAGUCAGUUCAUCUCCACCCUAGAAGAAUGCAUGAAAUUUGCAAAUACUCGUUUGGCUCCCGAGCUAUACCAUCCUUCAACAAUCCCUGAGCCUUCGGAUUUCGUAGGCACUAAACUUCCACAUUCCCACCGGGUAAGACGUUCUAUGAGCCACACAGGCAUAAUUUCCUCAGACAGAGUGCUGGAACCAGCUCGGAUCCCCCCGGUGCCUCCCAAGGGCACUGAGACUGUGCUGCGCAACUUGGAGGAGAUGGUGGUGUUCUGCUCACAGCACUGGGGGCAGCAGGGCUCCCAGUCUGGGAGUCCCCCUGGCACCAUAACUGAAGAAGCAGUCGGUAGGGGCCACCACCAGAUAACUGCAUGAGAUUGACCUGGGAGGGGAAAGGCGGUGAGUUGAUACACCAUUGUUGGUGCAGGACUCUCCAGUGGAAUCAGCUGGUGGUGAUCAACCACUGUAACCUGGAUUUUUGGUGCUUUCUCAGCUCCUGGAACCAUCUUGGCUGCUCCUGAACUGAAACAGGCUAUCUGAGGUUCCCUCCUCUAGCUUAGGAAUUACCUAAGCCUUCUGGGUGUGGGCUCCUAUGAGGCCAGCAGGCACAAAGGGCCAGGUACCACAGGCAGCAUCGGUUCUGUUUUUCAGGCUUGUGCUUGCCAGGGGUUUGAGAGUGCAACCGUAUAUUCCAAAAUAGAUAUUGGCACCAGGGGGGUGGGUUGGGAGGCAGAAUAGGGAUUAGCUCUCCAGGCUGGGUUGGUACGAAAGAAGAAAUGGCCCUCAAAAGCAUUUGGGGUGUUUAGUGGUUUCAUACUGGACAAGUUAAGCAAACUUUCUCCUGGUGCUCGCGCAAAGGCCUUAUGCUUGCAUUAGGCCAUCUGAGGUAGCUUGAGUCUGGAGACAUAUGGCCUGUUGCAGGCGCAGAACACAACCUUCCUUCUGUCUGCGACCCACCAAUAUGUUGUGUUCUGAUAAUCAGAUGAAGGAGCCUUUUGCUCAGGAAUUCAGUCUAGAUGCAAGCAGGGAAGAUCUUGCUGAGCUCCUCUUCUUUUCUCACUUUUUCUCUCAGCCUAAGGCCAACUUAGACUUCCCCACGGAGCUUGCUGAGCCCCUUGGAGCUCAUCAGGAUGCUCUUUGGUUCUUUGUUGGAGCAGCACAGAGCAAAUGCCCAAGGUAAAAAAGGAGAAGUAGCCUCUCUGGACAUCUGACCUGAAAGCAGAGUUUGGUUCCCUCGUGCAUCGGUCUGCUGCCUUUUGCAUAAAGGAGUGAAGUCCUAGCCUUGUGGGGGUCGCCUGCCCUCUUUUUGUACAGACACAUGGCAGCCUGGAGGGCGUCUGCGUGCAUCUCUGUUUGGAGCCCCACCAACGAUGAGACUCUAAUUUUGAAUGAAGACUUUAAUUUUGAAACAAACGCAGUGUCACGGCUAUAUGUUUUUUUCCCUGCGGGAUGGAAGUAGGCACCACUGGGGUUUUCUGCGAGAAGCAAAGCCAAAAACAAAACAGCCAUUUUCAGGGCUGCCUGAUAUAGACGUAGCAAACAAGGCGAUCUGCAUGGGGUCUCGCCUGCAACACGGCAGAGAAACAUCGAGUUCAGGAACACCUGGAACUAUUCCCUGUCUGUGCUGAGGAACAGGUGGUGGCAGUUUUAUAUAAAGGAUUGUUGCAUCACUGAAGCCCAAUGCAAAAACUGAGAGGCAGGUGACUCAUAAUGGCAGAAACAUAAUGGGAAACAGCAGGGUGCUAUUUCUGGCUCUCCUAUUGUUAUUUUUUUCCCCCCUCUUGAAGAGACAUCUUUGACUUGCAUUUAAUUUCUUUCCUGGGGCAUUUUAAAUAAUUGAGCAAGGGUUAGAUUUUUCUGGAGGUCUAAACUCCCAUUAUGUCCCUUCCUUUCUAGUUACCUGAGCAAGAAUCCACCAUUGCAAAGUCAAAGCCUGGUAUCCCUCUGUUAUUUUUCUGAGCUGCCCAGAAGGGUGAGAGCCAGUUGGGUGCAGUGCUUAAGGCACCAGGCUAGAAACGGAGAGACCGGGAGUUCUAGUCCUGCCUGA